GAGGCGUGUGGUGUUGAACAGGGAAGGUGAUCAAGAUUGGUGGCUGGUUCCGACGAAGACAAACUCAAUUGCUUAGUCAUUCACGCGAUAAGGUGCCCCCAAGUUCUCGUGUUGGCAGAUAUGGUAAUGCUAAAAGUUUUUAACGCGUCUUCUUUCAGUACGCAGAGUCUCCCCACCUUUCUUCUACAUCCUCCCAUAUACCAAUAUUAUCUCUGGUUUUGGUAUCGUCUGCGAACCUCCCCAAAUGGCUUCACCAACUACUCCCCGCCGCCCCCCGGCUGGUUAUUGUUACACUCCGUCUCGUUCAUCACCUUUAUCCUCUCACCCCCAGAUCACCCCACAAACCCGGUUUGGCCUCAAGAUGCUUCCGUCGCCGCCGUCAUCCCCACUAGAGUUCCUUGCUCCUAAACGCCUUUUCAAACCAAUUCCCACAUCUCACUCCCGCGAGGAAGGUAGGGAAGCUCGGCGAAAUUUGUUCCUGAAGAAGGUUCGGGAUGCCCGGGACGAAAAGUUGAUGAAAGUAAGAGGUGGAGAAGAUGAGAUGAUGCGAUUAAUCUUCGUCUCUGAAAAAAAGCGGUGGGAAGCAUCGCAAGCAAGAACUGCGGCUUCGAUCCCUACCAUUUACGAAGAAGAGGAAUUUGGCAUCGGAAACGAGGAGUUAGACUUCCAAGCUGAAGAAUCUCUGUUCAUGGACCAAGACGAACCUGGUCCCUCGGAAGAUCUAGAUGAAAUGCUCGACCGUGACGGUAAGGAGCUUGAAGACCUUCUCUCUCAACUUGAUUUGCAAUUGCAUCAAGUCAUGCCAGAGGCAAACCGCGAAAUGAUGCCAACUUAGUUCUCUUGCCUAUUCUCUCUGGCAUAGAACCCAUUGCCGAACUUGGGUUUGUGCCAAGAUGGAGGGCUGGGCAUGGGAUACUUUGUAAUUUUACUGUGGUAUCAUUUGGCGCAGGGAGUCCAGGAAAACUCUUAUUCUUAUUUCUGACUCUAGGCCUGUAAAAUAAGUCUGCGGCUCACUCUUUGUAUAAAUAUGGUGGGGCCUUCUUCUAUCAACCGUUUGUGCAUCUCUUGUCUCAUUUGUAACUCCACUGCUAUCGCAAAUAUUAUUUAAUUGAAUACGUUUUAAUAUAC